GUGGACUUUUUCCCUUCCACGCCGGCUCCUCCCUCUCCCUCCGACCCCCACCUCAUCCCGGCUUCCUCUCUCGAUCUUUCCCUUCUUUGUACGCCAAGGAGAUCUGGGGCUAAGGCUCUUCAAAUCGAGGCCCCCGCUGGCUCUCGGCGGGGAAUCUUUUUUCUGCGAGGUCCGUUCUCGAUUCCCUCUCCUGGAUGCUGCGUUCUUGGUGCUCGAAUUGGUCGUCUUUCUUCUUUGAUCUUGGAAAAGAUUUCGGAGAAUCCUAAAGGUCCUUGGAAUAAAUCUUCUCCAAAUCAAUUCAACAGCAUUUAUGCUGUUGUAGAAACCAGCCAAUGACCUUGUGCAUCAUGAACCAGAAAGGGCUUGACACCAAGCCCCAUCCCUUGAAGUUGGACGACAUACAAUUAGGUUGUAACUGGGAAAAUGUGACUUGCCCAAUCUGUUUGGAUUUCCCUCACAACGGGGUCCUACUCCAAUGCUCUUCUUAUGACAAGGGAUGUCGUCCUUUCAUGUGUGACACUGACCAAGCCCAUUCGAAUUGUCUCGAGCGGUUCAAAAGUGCAUACGGAGUGCCUCUUGUUGUAAAAGUCACAACAACUACAGAUGGAGUUUCCAUGGUUUGCAUUCAAGACAUUUCUUCAAACUCCACUAACCCACCAGCCUGCCCACUAUGUAGAGGUGAUGUUACUGGAUGGGUUGUUAUUGAUGAGGUCCGUGUUUAUCUGAACAUGAAGAAACGGUGCUGCGAAGAGAAGCAGUGUUCAUAUAUUGGCAACUUCACUGAGCUGCAGAAGCAUGCUCAGCUAAAACACCCCCAUUCACGCCCUUCAGAAAUAGAUCCUGCACAACAACUCGACUGGGAAAAUUUUCAGCAGUCGUCAGAGAUCAUAGAUGUCUUGAGCACUAUACACGCAGAAGUUCCCCAUGGAGUGGUUUUAGGUGACUAUGUCAUCGAGUAUGGUGAUGCAGAGACUGGAGAUGAGCAUGAAGAUUUUCCUCGGAGUAGGGGUAACUGGUGGACCUCUUGCAUAUCUUGUAAGGUAUUUCAUAGGGGUUCAAGAAACCAGCACAGAUCAAGAAGGAGCAGAAGAAGUGGUCACCAUUCAAGCUCUGAUGGUUCAAAUAAUGGUGAGGGCUCUAGAAGAUCUUCAGAGAUCAGAGAGUACAGAUUUGUUGAAGCUGAUGAUGAGCUUGCCAGAACAGGUGUUGGUGCUGCAGCGUCCAUUGUGAUCCCCACCCACUACAGAUAUGGGAGGCGCAGAUCUCACUUCUACGAUCUUUGACUGCCAAGAACCAACAAUAGCUAGUCUAUCAGCCAGGGGCAUCUUUGCAGCUUCAUACAGCUUAGUUCUACUUUCUUCAUAGAGGUUGCCUGAUGACAAUUAAUCUGUUCAUAUAAAUAGUUACGGUAUAUGUUUCAUCAUGCAUUCCUUGCCGAAAUCCAAGAAUCCAUCAAUUUUCUCU